UUCAAUGUAUAAACAAAAAAACACAAAUAACAAAUUUUAAACACGUUUUUCUUUAACUUUUUGAAUAGAAGUGUAAUAUUAUUGUGUAUGUGGAGCUGUUGUCGCUUCACAGUGCUGCUUACGAGGAAGCAAUAUAUAUUUGUAGAUAAUAACUAUUCGAAAAAAUGUCAAAAUCUGUUGUAAAACAAAGCGAUGAGUCGCUAAAGGAGGCUCCCUCAGCCCGACAAUGCCAGCGCCGCUUUGGAUCCAUGCACGCUGGACCAAAGGCGGCGCAAAAGAAGGUGGCGCAACGGAAGGCGGCUGAAAAGAAGGUGGCGCAACGCUGGCGAACAAUGUCACCAGAGCACCGUGCACGGUACCUUAGGUCUGGCUAUCGAUCCGAGAUCCCCGUAAGAGCGAUUAAGCAAGCAAAGGCACAGGAUGCCAUGGCCAGUUCGACUGUUUUUAUACGGGAUUGGUCUGAUUCCUCAACGGACGAGGACGAGGAGCAACACGCCUCCUCCAAGAGGUGCAGGAACAAGAAGUCAGCUGUUGCAGCAAAGCGCAAGAAAGCCUGAGAACGAGCUUCAGGCAAGCGUUAUUUAAAAAUAAGGAAAACCAAUCAAAAUUUGCAACUCAGCGGAGCUCGAAGACUCCGCUUAAGGCCACUCGAAAGGUACAGAACAUAAUUGUAUCAGAAUAUUUUAUAAGCUAAUCAAACACUCAAAAUAUGAUCUUUUUUGUGAGUGUU